CACAGCCUUUGCAGGGUCACAGAGUGCCAAGGCGUAGCAGCUCUUCCCAACAACCAUGGAUGGAAAAACAGAUGUGAAGUCCCUCAUGGCGAAGUUCAACACAGGGACUAGCUCGACAGAGGAGGUCUCCACCAACAGCAGGCCUUUCAAAGUUGCCGGCCAAAACGCGCCUUCGGGAAUACAAGCAAGAAAGAAUUUAUUUGACAACCAAGGAAAUGCCAGUCCUCCCGCAGGACCCAGCAACACGCCUAAGUUUGGAACCACAAAACCACCCUUGGCAGCGAAACCUACCUAUGAGGAAAAGUCUGACAAGGAUCCCAAACCCCCAUUUUUAAAACCUAGUGGAGGGAACCAAAGAUUUGGAACACAGCCAAACUCGGCUUCUAGAGACCCCGAGAUCAAAGCGGGGUUUCUGAAACCUGUAAGCCCCAAACCCACCAGUUUGACUAAAGAAGAUCCUAAACCGGCGUUUUUACGACCUUCUGGCAAUAAGCUUCACAAUUUGAACCAAGAGUCGGACUUAAGGACGCCAGGACCAAAGCCAGGGCCUACUCCCCCGGUACCCGAAAACGAUGUAAAGCCAGGGUUCUCAAAGGUGGCCGGAGCUAAGAGCAAGUUCAUGCCUGCGGCACAAGAUGCUGACACCAAACCCCGAUUUCCCAGACACACCUUUGGCCAGAAGCCAUCUCUGAGUACAGAGGACUCUCAGGACGAGGAAGGCACCUCUAAAAAUGCAGCUGUCCAGAAAGGAUCCCCAGUGCCACUGGGGGCCAAGGGCAAGGGUGGCCCUUUCAAACCAGCCAGGGAAGACACAGAGGAAAAGGACAGCGGAACGUCAAGUUCGCCCUUUCCUGGAGUGGUUCUGAAACCUGCCGCAAACAGAGGGAGCCCAGGGCCCUCCAGAAACUCUGAAGAGAAAAAAGAAGAUAGGAAAACAGAUGUUACAAAGAACAUCUUUCUGAAUAAAAUGAAUCAGGAAGAACCAGCCCGAUUCCCUAAGGCCCCUUCCAAGCUGACAGCAGGGACACCAUGGGGUCAAAGUCAGGAGAAGGAAAAGGGAGACAAGAAUUCAGCAAGCCCCAAGCAGAAGCCUCUGCCUCCUCUGUCUGUCUUGGGCCCGCCUCCACCCAAGCCCAACAGACCACCCAAUGUUGACCUGAGCAGAUUCCGCAAAGCUGACGCUGCAAACAGUACCAGCAAAAGCCAGACACCUUACUCAACAACCGCCCUGCCACCACCGCCAAUGUCCCAUCCAGCCAUCCAGCCACCACUGCCAGCAUCUCACCCAACACAGCCACCAGUCCCGAGCCUACCCCCCAGAAACAUUAAGCCUCCCCUUGACCUGAAAAAUACUAUAAGUGAAGAAAAUCAAGAUGGUGUCAUGCACUCUGAUGGUCCUGGAACUCUAGAAGAGGAACAAGAGAGUGAAGGAGAAACAUACGAAGACAUAGAAUCGUCUAAAGAACGAGACAAGAAACGGGAAAAGGAGGAAAAGAAGAGGUUGGAGCUAGAACGGAAGGAACAGAAAGAAAAAGAGAAGAAAGAACAAGAACUAAAGAAGAAAUUUAAGCUAACAGGCCCCAUUCAAGUCAUCCAUCAUGCAAAAGCUUGUUGUGAUGUCAAAGGAGGAAAGAAUGAACUGAGCUUCAAGCAAGGGGAGGACAUUGAAAUAAUUCGCAUCACAGACAACCCGGAAGGAAAAUGGCUGGGCAGAACUGCCCGGGGGUCAUAUGGCUACAUCAAAACGACUGCUGUGGAGAUUGACUACGACUCUCUGAAGCGGAAGAAGAACACUCUCAAUGCUGUCCCACCGAGACUUGUUGAAGAUGACCAAGAAGUCUACGAUGAUGUGGCUGAGCAGGAGGCUCCCAACAGGUGUGUGACACACAAAAUCCACGGUCAGAGCGGAAGCGGAGGUAUGUUCCCACCGCCACCACCAGAUGACGACAUUUAUGAUGGGAUAGAAGAGGAAGAGGCUAAUGAUGGACCCAAGCUGCAGGGUGAAGAGAAGACUAACACGUGGUCCUGGGGGAUUUUGAAGAUGUUAAAGGGAAAGGAGGACAGGAAGAAAAGUGUCCGAGAGAAACCUAAAGUCUCUGAGUCAGACAGUAAUGAAGGUUCAUCUUUCCCUUCUCCUCCUAAACAACUGGAUGUGGGAGAAGAAGUUUACGAUGAUGUGGAUGCCUCCGACUUCCCUGCUCCACCCACGGAGAUGAGUCAAGGAAUUAAUGUUGGAAAGACAAAAACAGAAGAAAAAGAUCCCAAGAAGCUAAAAAAACAGGAAAAAGAAGAAAAAGAUCUCAGGAAAAAAUUUAAGUACGACGGUGAAAUUCGAGUUCUCUAUUCAACUAAAGUUGCUUCCUCCAUAACUUCUAAAAAGUGGGGAGCUAGAGAGCUGCAGAUAAAACCCGGAGAAUCGCUUGAAGUGAUUCAAAGCACAGACGACACCAAAGUUCUCUGCAGGAAUGAAGAAGGCAAAUAUGGCUAUGUUCUUCGAAGUUACCUGGUGGACAAUGAUGGAGAAAUCUAUGAUGACAUUGCUGAUGGUUGCAUCUAUGACAAUGACUAGCACUCGGGUCUGUUCAUUCUGCUCUGACCAACAUGAAUUUUAAUUGGAAUGUUCUUGGGUAUCAUAGAAAAAAAAUCAAUGUACAAAAUGAAAUUUCAAUCUCUUUAUAAAAAUUUGAAAUUUUAAGCUCGGAAAAUGAACUCUUUACUAUGUCUGAAGAUUGGCAGUGAGAUAUAAGAAUUCAUCUCCUUUCUUUGUUUUCAUUUUCUUUUGUGCAAGGGCUCUUACUUUGCAGUUCAGGCCAUCUUCUGGCCUCAGCCUCCCUAGUGCUUUGACAACAGACAUGAGCCACCACAUCUGGCUUAAGGAUCCCAUUUUACUUCAGUUAUGCUUAUGAAAGCACUAUUUUUUUUAGACAACCAUUAGGGACUCUUCCCCUAUCCUAACCCUUUUUAAAGAAAUAAAGAAAAAAGAAGCCAUCCCAGAGGAAGAAGAAAGAAGACCUUACAGCAGUAAUUCUUAUUUUUAAUCCCACAAAAGACAACCUAUUGCCUGUGCUGCCCUUACAGCACUUGCUCAAAUUACCUACCCAGAAAAGGCGGAGCUAGCUCCUCUAGUUUCUGAAAGGCAAUGGAACAGCGAGCGAUACAUCAGUCUCGAAGUGUUCCCUCUCUGUCCGCUGUGAAGUCAAGUCAAUCAUUCAGUAAGCAUGCUUUACGUUCUGUAUGCAGAUCUAAGAUUAACCUGUACAAGAGUCUAAAGGAAGUCUUAAAUUUGUGGGUUCUGGCACACAUGGUUGAAUCCCAGACUCUGUUUAGAUACCAUUGUUAACUAGAGGUAUGGAGGGAGACAACCGUGAACACUGUGAGAAGGUGAUGCUCACUCUCCUUUACGGUAACUCCUUACUGUGACUCCUCUAUGAGAGGUUUUGUGUUUUGUGGUCAACUGCUUCUGAAGGACCUAGUGAUGUUUAUACCCACUUUACUAGAAAGUUGUUCAGUGGAAGGAACACAAUAAAUCCCAGUAGUUGACCGGGGGCUCCCCCAUUGAAACGCAUUCCUCACCACCUCCUCCGGACUGUAAAGCACCAGCUUUUGAAUGGUAAGGACAUAAAGCACCAAACCAAGAUGCAAAGCUCAACAUCCAAGAAGAUAACAGAUUAGAGAAUGUUUUUUUGAAAUUAGUAAAUCCUAAUGCUGGCUCUCUUAUUGAUCAUGAUGCUACCUUGUCAAUAUUCAUUACCCUGCAGUGUCCUUAUAAGAUAGGAUUCAACUACGUUUAUCUCAACAUUUUCCACUACCAAUUAUUUCAAGCUUUUAUGGUUCCCCCAUCUCAGAUGCACACUUCAGAAGAUUUUUUCUUUUGUCUUUUAAAUCAUUGAUUAAAUACUGAUUAAUAUUUUGUAUAUGUAAAUUGUAAUGGAAUUUCUGAAAAGUGACCCCCCCCCAUUGAAUUUUUUAAAAGUCAAGACUUGUAUGGGAUAGAGAGAUAACUCAGUUGGUAAAAAUGCUUGUAUGACAAGUGCAAAGAUUGAAUUCAAUCAACACAUCCCAGAUGACAAUCAUGUGUGGUGACCAGUACUUUGCAAUCCCAGUGCCAGGGAGGCAGAGAUCGGAGGACCCCUGGGAUUCACUGGUAAGCCUGUGUAUCCUGAGUGGUAAGUUCCACACCAAAGAGAGAUUUUUGUCCCAGGAGAUGGACAACAACUGAGGAACAACAGUCAAGGUUAUUCUCUGGAUGCCACACAUAUAUGCCCGCACAUGCAUAGGAACGUGUACACGCAGAUUGAAAAAUCUGUAAAGUAGCUCCAAGUCUUCAGAAAGUUAGAUUCAGGGUUUCUAUUAAGUGUUUUGAAAUGUUAGAAAUGUCAGCUUCUGCAUCUCAGUUUAUAGGCUGCAGGGCUCCUAGUCUCCUGGGUGAGAAAUGACUCAUCUCAGCGAGCCUUUGAUUGGAAGUUCUUCGGUGGCAUUAGUCAGCAUGCUUCCUUGUGACGAACUUCUUUUGUCACUAGUUACAAAUUUCAAGGCUCAAAAGUGACUGUGUUUUAACUUUGGAAUCAAAUAUAGGUUAAAUGCUGGCUGUAUUUCCAGCAAUUUUCUGUGAUUAAGAGUAGCACAGAUUCAAUGAAAAUGCUAGGCUUUAAAAAUCCCAAAUUAGAUCAAGAGACUAUUUCAGCUUUGGUUUAUAUUCAAAGAAAUGGACAGAUACUUGUAAGAGACUUAUGUAAUAAUUAUUUAAUAUAUAUUUGAAGUGUUUAUUUUAAUAUACUAAAUGUGAUUUUGUUAUAGAUUGUGUGUGGAAUUUUGUCAUGUGAGAAGA